AUGUCACAACUCUCAAGCUCAACCGAUAAUGUUGGAUUGUCAAAGAGUCAAGAGUUCCCAUUGUCAAUAUCAACGAUGUUAGGUGUAUCAACAACAAAUGCAACUGCAAACCAACAACAACAACAACAUGCCUAUACAAAUUCAUUAUCAUCGGUAUCCGAAGAGAAUGAUAAUAAUAAUAUGAAUAACUAUUAUUGUUUAAUGAUAAAAGAAUAUUCAUCAUCACCUGCAGAUAAUAAUAAUAAUAAUAAUGAUAAUAAUAAUAAUAAUCAAAAUCAAUCAUUUACUUUAAAUAUUGUACAUACCAAUGCAACAAAUAUACAAACACAUAAUAUUAAAUCAUUUAUAUUAUCUAAAUUACUAAAGAAUCUAAUAUUUAAAAGAGGUUCAAUUGGUAGAAUUGAAGAUACAAGUUUAGCUUCAUCUUCAAACUCUUUAAAUACAAAUGUAAUAGAUAGUUUGUUAGGAGGAUCACUACCAUCAUCAUCCUCUAACAACAAAAACAAUGAAAUAUCAUGUUAUUAUACAUUAAUAGAAGUACAAGAACCAACAAAUACAUCAACAACCACAACAACAACAACAAGUAUUAAUAAUAAUUUAACAACUAGUUCAUCUUCAUCUUCAAAUACAACAACCAAAACAACUACUACAACAACAACAACAACAUCAGAUUUAACAGGUACAAAUUCAACAUCGGAUGAUACUCUAGACAAUACAAAUUCACCACUGGUUCAAACAGAUAUAGAGAACCUUGAUUUCAGUAUCAAUAUCAAUGACAAUCAAAUUCUGUUAUCAGAGAUAGAGAACUGUGGAAACAUUAUCAAAGAGUAUUACUUGUGUCUAUGCUACGAACAUCCAGAGUCACAGGUUAACAACAUCGAUACUUUUCAUUUGGAACUUGGUGAUUUCUGUUAUGACAUUGGUUAUCUUAUUAAAUCAUCAAAUCAAGAGAUUCUUACCAAUACUCUAUCGAAUUGGUAUUCAUUAUGUAUAAAUUAUUUAACAAGAACAAUUGAUAUGUUCAAUGACAAGAUAUCAUUGUUAUUACAUUCAUCACUCUCUGGCUAUGCUUAUAAUAUUGAAACACCAAAUGAUUUAAUAGCUAAAGAUAUUAUACAUUUCUUAAGAUCUAUUUCAAUUCCAAAUCUAACAGUUAUAAAGACAUCAUCUGAAAGCGACUCAACUUUAUUCAAAUAUGAAUUGAAUCCAGAGAGUGUAAACUCUAUUGAUACAAUAGUUAAUAUUACAGUAACUAAAGAGAAUACAUUGAUUUUAAAUUAUAAAGGUACCAAUGGAUUCUGUAGAAAAUGGUGUAGAAUAUUCUUGGAUGCAAAAGCAGAUUCGCUCAGACUACGUAAUCUAGCGGAAGAAUUCAAACUAAAGGUUAUUCAAGAGUUGAAUCAUUUCAGAAGAAUGGUUGAUUCCUCAAAGAACAACAACUAUCUUUUGUACAAGUCUUUUCUAUUCCUCGUUGGCAGUGAUAACAGUGACAUUCUCUUUGAUCUCCUAAAGAAGGACAACGAUGAUCCUGCCGUCAAAGAAAUUCUAAAUAUUCUACAAUUACAACUACAACAACAACUACAACAAUAA